AUGCCCAUCCCAAUCCCUCCCUCCGACAUUCAAACCACCGAAUCCUCCCUCGACCCUCAAGCUACCGAGAACAACACCACUAGCACUACCACCUCUACAAACCCAAGCGUCUCAUCAACCUCGUACCCCUCACAACCCAGCGACGUGACACCGCUUAGCAAAGAGGAAGCCGACCGAGUCGCCGAAACGAUCACCAUCCCCGAAAUCCAGCUCCCAACAUCGAUUGAAUCGGUGCUCAGGACCGCGCUUCCGACCUCUCAACUUUCCCGCUUAGCCGACCCGUCAGCUCGAGCAUCCUUCCUGAGAGAGAUCCGAGAGGGCCUCCGCCCUGAAUGGUACAGUACUCUACCCACAGACGUCAAGCACUUCUUCUCCACGGCGAACGUGGGUGCCGACCUGUGCCAUGCGACGGCCCGUGGUGGUGCGCCUGCGCCUGCGCCGGCGGGACUGGGAGCUGGAAUCGUGGGCGUUGCUGCGUUUGUGGGUGUGAUGAACGCUUUGUAA